ACCCACAUCACGGUAAAAGCUCUCACCCUUUGCUGCACUCCAGAAUCAUCCCCCUUUUCCUUUUCCUUUCCCUGGUAUUCGCCGCCCCGUGAUAUGUCCCUGCUCCCUGGUGAGUGCUGAUCACUACCUCGCAGACGGAGCAUGCAGAGGGAAAGAAGGCAGGCUCAUCCUUCUAGCUGUGCCCAGUCUGCCCCUGCCACUGCAGCAGCAGCAGCAGGAGAAGAAGAGAGGUUUCUACAUCCAUCAUUUACACUACAGACUGGAAUCCUAAUUCUUACUUCCUUUCCAGACUUCUGGCAGCAGUCUCCUCUUUCACGGCUUGCAGCUGCAAAUUAGCAAUUGUUAAGCUUCCCGCAAGGCACAUUAGCCCGAUCAGUCAAGAGAAUACAAAGGAAUUCACACUCUUGCACAGCUGAAAUUGGGAAAUGGGAACAGAAAUAAUUGAAAAGCAGAUGGUGGUUUUCUGAAAUUGUCCUUCCUUCAACAAAAAAGCAGCAAAGAAGAGAAGCAUUUGGUUAAUUGUCAUGCCAAAUCUACAAAAAAAAGUAUAACAUUGUUUUGAUGAAUCAGACAUUUUAAUUACUGACAACUGGAAAAUGAAUUAAUGGCACAAAAAAAAAUUCCAACAUUUUCACAUAUGCUUUAUUUGGCAAUAACUGAAGAAAUGCAUCAUAAAGCAGCACACAAAUGUUGCAGGAGAGCUCAGUAAUUAGUUAAGAAAACAAGUAUGACUGCUGUUCACCAAGUCCUAGUAUUUUGUUUAUUCUAUGUCCGCUUUAUUUAAGAAAGUAUAGAAAUCACAGACAUGCUAUUUCAAAUAUAUUAAAUGGUUUCCUAUUACGUUCCAAUAUUACAGACAUAAUUAUUAUACAGAAGGGAAAAUCAUGAAAUAUCAUUCGUAACCAAGAUAUUCAUAUCUGUAUGUAAAGUCCCUUAAUUUCAUAUUUACCAAUGUAUGCCAAAAGCAGGUACCUAAAUGUAUGCAUGUGGUUAAAAGAAUAGAUUUAAAAUGAAAGAAAUCUGUCAUUGAUUCAUAGCCUAAUGGAUCAUGGCUCCAAAUGUAGCAGGACACAAUGUUUUUGCAAUGAUAUUUAUUUUUCUAUCACUUUGCUAUGUCUCUUGUAACAAUUAUACUAAUGAAUGGAUAGUACUGAAAGGAGAUGUCUCUCAAUAUAACAUAUUGUCUCAUGAUACCACUAGUAUCAAGCAGAAAAACAAUCCAUCUUAUCCACGGCUAUAUUUUGAUAGUGCUGAUGUUCAAGGACUUAAGCAAAAGUCCCACACCACCCAUUUACAUUUAUUUAGGACAAUUAGGAAUGCAGUAAGCAAGAUGCUGGCUAAUCCGUCUUUUUACUUGCCUCCUCCAAAGCAUGCUGAUUUUGCAGCCAAAUGGAAUGAGAUUUAUGGAAAUAAUUUGCCACCAUUGGCAUUAUACUGUCUUCUUUCUCCAGAUGAUAAAACUGCAUUUACUUUUGCACUGGAAUAUAUGGACAGAAUGGUUAAUUAUAAAGACUGGCUGGUCCAAAGUGCUCCUGGUGAUGAGGUACCACUUGCACACUCUUUAACGGGUUUUGCCACCUCAUAUGACUUUUUAUAUUGGUCUCUUGACCAUGAUAGAAGACAAAAGUAUUUAAAAAAAAUAGAGACUGUUAGUAAAGAGCUGUAUGACUAUUCCAAAGUUCGGUCAUGGGGAAAACAAUUCCUCCACAACCACCAAACCACUAAUAUGCUUGCAUUGCUCAUUGGAACUCUAGUUGUUGAAGAAUCAACCAAGGCCAAAUCAACCCAGACAAACAUGUGGAAAGAAACGGUUAUUGAUGUUAUGGAAAAAACAAUGUUUCUUCUUAAUCAUGUAGUGGAUGGAUCUCUUGAUGAAGGAGUUGCGUAUGGCAGCUAUACAUCAAAAUCAAUUACACAAUAUGUUUUCUUAUCAAAGCGCCAUCUUGGAAUUAAUCAUUUUGAAAACAACUGGCUGAAAAUGCACUUUUGGUUUUAUUAUUCUACUUUGUUACCUGGUUUCCAGAGAACUAUCGGAAUAGCAGAUUCUAAUUAUAACUGGUUUUAUGGUCCAGAAAGCCAGUUGGUGUUUUUGGACACAUUUAUUCUAAUGAAUGGGUCUGGAAACUGGUUGGCACGUCAAAUCCGAAAACACAGACCUAAAGAUGGACCAAUGGUACAAUCUACAGCACAAAGGUGGUGCACACUUCAUACAGAAUAUUUGUGGUAUAAUGCAGAACUUCCAUCACAGCCUCCACCUGAUCACGAAACACCAAAAAUGCAUGUGUUUCCAAACUGGGGAGUCGUAACUUAUGGGGCUGGCAUGCCUAAUACACAGACUAACACAUUUCUUUCUUUCAAAUCAGGAAAGCUUGGUGGUCGUGCAGUUUAUGACAUUGUUCACUUUCAACCAUACUCUUGGGUAGAUGGGUGGAGAAGUUUCAACCCUGGGCAUGAACAUCCAGAUCAAAAUUCUUUCACAUUUGUACCAAAUGGUCAAGUUUUUGUCUCUGAGGCUCUCUAUGGACCAAAAUUUAGUCAUUUAAAUAAUGUUUUAGUUUUUGCUCCAUCGCCUACCAGUCAUUGCAAUCAACCAUGGGAAGGUCAACUUGGUGAAUGCUCCCAGUGGCUAAAAUGGACAACAAAUGAAUCUGGAGAUGCAGCUGGGGAGAUUAUAACAGCAAGUCAACAAGGGGAGACAAUGUUUGUAAGUGGUGAAGCAGUGUCUGCGUACUCGUCCUCCAUGAAAUUAAAUAGUGUUUAUCGUUGCUUGAUGCUUUUAAAUCACCAGACAUUACUUGUGGUUGAUCAUAUUGACAAGCAUGAAGGUUCUCCUGUAUCCUUAGUCAGUGCCUUCUUUCAUAAUCUUGAUAUUGAUUUUAAGUAUGUUCCAUUUAGGUUUCUUAAUAAAUUCAAUGGUGCUAUGAUGGACAUAUGGGAUGCACAUUAUAAAAUGAUUUGGAUAGACCAAAAUGGUAAUAGUCCUUUAGCUAAGAUACAGGAAGCCGAGCAGACGGCUGAAUUCAAAAAGCGCUGGACACAAUUUGUAAAUGUUACCUUUCAGUUAAACCAAAAAGUUUCAAGAAUUGCUUACUUAUUUCAUGGACCGUAUGUUAAUGUGUCAAAUCUAAAAUUCUUAGACAGUAGCAAAUAUGGAAUUAAACUCUCUAUUAAAAUUAACAAUACAGAAAAUAUAGUGUCUAUGGUAACAGACUACAAUGAUCUUGAGGUCAGAUUUAAUUUUCUUGGUUUUGGAGGUUAUGCAAAAUUAGAAGACCAGGAUAAAAUAGUACGAUUUGGCUUGGCUAUUGAGCAUGUUAAGAAAAAUAAACUAAUCAAUAUGAAUGUGUUUAAUUUUGGUCUAAAGGUAAAUUUAAUAUUAGGCUUAAUGUUAUGUAUAAGCUUGGGGAUUUUAGCAUUUCAUUGGAGAUUCUACAUUUCCUUUGGUAAAUUGAUGCGCUGGAUGCUAGUAUUGAUUAUAGCACUGUGGUUUUUUGAAUUGGUAGAUGUGUGGACAACAUGUACUCAACCUAUUUGUGCAAAGUGGAAUAGUGAAGGAGCAGACACAGAGAUAAUUAAGAAAUCUGAAAUGCAUUCCAAUCUGCCUGUUGUAGUAAUUACGUCUCUUCCAGGUUCAGGAGCUGAAAUUUUAAAGCAACUCUUUUUUAAUAGUUCAGAUUUUAUUUACAUUAAGGUCCCUACAGUUUACAUUGACAUUCCUGAAGCAGAAUACAAAAUUGAUUCAUUUGUGGAUGCAUGUGAGUGGACUAGAUCUGAUGUGGAUGAUGGCCAUUUUCAACUUAUUCAAGGUUGGCUUCAGUCAUUGCUACAGAAUACAAAGCUCCAUCUACAGAAUAUUGAUUUGCAAGAACCCAGCAAACCCAAGCUUUUUCACCAUACCACAAUUAGCAAAGAAAAGAAGCGAAGAUAUAAGAGAAGAGACCUUUUUUCCGAGCAAAGGAUUAAACUUAAAGCAUAUUAUGAUAGGGAUGCUGAUUAUGUUAGACAGCUUCGCAAACAUUUGGUGUUGUUUCCCAAGGCUCAGCCUGUCCUUGGUUUAAAUAGUGGAAGCUGGACUUUAAAGCUUCCAUUCAUUGAAAAGACUAUUGGACCUCAGUUAAGGGCAAUAUUUAUUGUUCGAGACCCCCGUGCUUGGGUUUAUUCCAUUCUAUAUAAGAGUAAUCCAAGUUUGUACACCUUGAGAAAUAUUCCUCAACGUUUAUCAGCAAUGUUCAGAAAUGAAGAAAAGCAGAAAUGUAAAUCAAAUUCUGGCUUUGCUUUGGAAUAUGACUCACUGAAAGAAGAGAUUUCCAACUCUAAGUCAAAUGCUUUAUCAAAACUCGCUCACCUAUGGUUAGCCAAUGUAGCAGCAGCCCUUAGAAUAAAUAAUGAUUUGCCAUCAAAAAAUUACCUUUUGAUUAAAUUUGAGGACAUUGUUAACUUUCCAGAAGAGACCGCUGACAGUAUGUACAAAUUUUUUGGUAUCCCUGUUUCACCUGCAAGUUUGAAUCAAAUAAUGUUUGCAGGUUCCACAAACUUGUUUUAUCUACCACAUGAAGGAGAAAUUUCACCCUCAAACAUAAAUACAUGGAAGCAUAAUAUGCCUAGUGCAGACAUUGGAUUAAUUGAGGAUAUCUGCUGGAAACUAAUGGACAAACUUGGAUAUGCAAGAAUUAGAGAUUGAUGGGUUAAUUUUAAAGCCACUAAAAUAGACUAAGCCAAAACAAAUGAUCACUAUGAAUGAUUUUGAGUGGUAGCUCCUCUGUGCUGCAGGACAGCAGUCAUUUGCACUAUCUCAAUAUGAUUUAUGAAUCACAAUAAAUAAAUAAAUAUAUAUUGUUUAUUCUUGUAUAUUGUCUAUAUAGCUUUUUUUACAGAGAUUAUUUUAUGCAUUGGAAUUUUCAUAAAUUAUAUUAAUGUAAUAAAAAUACACUUUCAAGUUCUAAAGAACUACUAAAAAAAUUAAUAAAUCACCCAAAAAUUCUGGGGA